AUGCAACUUUCGAAUCAAUAUGCCAAUAUGAACAGGGACAAUGAUGAUUUUGGAGGUGACAUAAACGCGCUUCUCUGCCAGGUAGAGACCAGUCGACAUGCCACCUUUUUUGGGGUUUAUAAUAGCCAUGGUAGUCCAGAUGCGCCGAGAUUCAUAUGUGAUCACCUCUUUUCUCAUCUAAUUAAAAAAAGUGGGUCAAUAUCUGAAGACACUAUUAAGAAUGCUUUCUGUACAGUAAGAAGCGUGUACGAGAUUAAACCAUUACUCGCAAAUGUUGGUUUGUGUUGUCUCGUUGGAAUUAUCUCGAAAGUGACAUUAUAUGUUGCUAAUCUAGGAGAUUCUAGAGGCGUAAUAGGUUAUCUUGGCAAAUCGAAUAAAAUUUUAGCCGAGCAGCUAAUUGAGGAUCAUAAUGCCAACAUGGAGGAGGUUAGACAAGAACUAUGGACUUUGCAUCACGAGGAUUCACAUAUUGUAGAUAUGAAACACGGAGUUUGGCUAAUUAAAGGCAUUAUACAAUUCUUCCUUCGGCUUGUCCUGAAAUAUCGACUAUUCUAUAUGUAA